GUUAUAUAGUAAGUAGAUAAACUUGGAUGCUUUGAAAAGAGAUCCAUAAAGGCUGUUAAUCUGAGAAGAAACACCGCAGAUCGGCAGCUGGGGAUGUUGAAAAGAGUAGUAUUAUGCUUACAUGCUUCGAGGUCUAAGGCUUAGAAACAGACAUUGGGUUCAAUUAAAAAAAGCAACAUGAAAGAAGAUGGGAAGCCACAAGCAAAGGACAAAUUCUGCUGCAUUUCCAAGCUGAAGGUAUUCCUGAUGGCAUUAUCACUUGCAUAUAUUGGUAAAACAAUGUCUGGUGCUUACAUGAACAGCAUGUACACACAGAUAGAGAAACAAUUUAAUAUUCCAUCGUCUUUAGCGGGGAUCAUUAAUGGAAGCUUUGAACUCGGCAACUUGCUGCUGAUAGCAUUUGUGAGUUACUUUGGAGCAAAGCUUCACAGACCCAGAAUAAUUGCUUUGGGCUGCACAGUUCAGGCAUUUGGAUGUCUUUUAAUAUCACUUCCUCAUUUCCUAUUUGGAAGGUAUCAUAUUGAAAGCAGUAUUUCACCACAGGAGAAUUUUUCAGUCAUGCCUCUGUGCCUUGUUAAUCAAAGCUCAUUCUCUUUACCUACAGAUGAACCAUCAACAGAAUGUGAAAGAAAGCCUAGAUCCUUGCUGUGGAUAUUUGUGAUGAUUGGAAACAUAGUACGAGGAAUGGGUGAAACUCCCAUCAUGCCUUUAGGUGUUUCAUAUUUGGAGGAUUUUGCCAAACCAGAGAAUUCACCUUUCUACCUGGGAUGUUUACAUACAGCAACUAUAAUGGGCCCCUUUCUUGGUUUCUUGUUGGCAUCAUACUGUGCAGAACUGUUUGUUGAUGUGGGAUCAGUAGGUACAGAGGACAUAACUAUAACAGCUACAGAUGCCCGCUGGGUUGGAGCAUGGUGGCUGGGUAUUUUGAUUUGUGCAUCACUGAAUCUUCUUGUGGGAAUACCUUUUUGCUUCUUGCCCAAGUCACUUGUGAAGGAAGGGGAAACGAAUGAACCUGAGGAGACAAGUAAAAACAGUGUAGUACUAUUGCAAGAAAAUGAUAAAAAUGAAGACAAACAGACCGUGCGCGAAAUGGCUAAAGAUUUCAUCCCAUAUCUCAAGGCUCUGUUUCGCAAUCCAGUUUAUAUGUUAUUUAUAUUAAUAACUGUGUUACAGUUCAGUGCCUUUAAUGGCAUAAUGACCUUCAUGCCCAAAUAUCUGGAACAGCAGUUUGGAAAAUCUGCAGCAGAUGCCAUCUUUUUAAUUGGUCUUUACAAUUUACCGGUAGUAUGUGUCGGCUAUUUUUUUGGAGGCUUCUUCAUGAAGAAAUUCAAGAUAAAUAUCUAUCAGGCUGCAAACAUAGCAUUUUGGCUCUCUUUUCUGGUAUAUCUUGCCUACUUCAGUACCUUUUGGACUGUCUGUGAUCCUUCCCCAGUUGCCGGCCUAACAGUUUCCUAUGAAGGAAUAGAGCAAGUGUCAUAUGCAGAAAAUACUCUGCUUGCUGCCUGCAACAAUGAUUGUGAUUGUCCACUUAAAAUAUGGGACCCUGUUUGUGGAGACAAUGGAAUCACAUAUGUGUCACCUUGUCUAGCUGGAUGUAAAGCCUCAAGAGGAACUGGGAAAAGUGUGGUAUUUGAAAACUGCACCUGUGUUGCGGACUCAGGGUUUUCAUCUCAAAAUGUCUCUGCAGUCCUGGGCCGGUGUGAUGGAGGAGAAAACUGCGAGAAGAUGCUUCAUUAUUAUUUAAUACUUUCACUAGCCUGCAGCUUCAUUUUUUCCUUAGCAGCUAUGCCUGGGUACAUGGUCUUAAUAAGGUCUCUAAAGCCUGAAGAAAAGUCAUUUGGAGUGGGUAUCCAUGGGCUAGCUUCAAGAGUAUUUGCUGGAAUUCCAUCUCCCAUAUAUUUUGGAGCUUUGAUAGAUGCCACUUGCCUGAAAUGGGGUACUACAAAUUGUGGUGGAAAAGGAGCAUGUAGGAUGUACGACAUUGUAAGAUACAGAUGGAUCUAUCUUGGCUUGCCAGCAGCAUUACGUGCAGUGUCCUACAUCCCAAGUGCUGUAGUUGUCCUUAUUUUAAGGAAGAAACAUAAAUCUGAAAGCCAAAUUGUAUUAAAUGCACCAGUAGAAAUGCAGGAUAAAGAACAAGAACAUCAAGCACUGGAACAGCGAAAAAAAAACUCAGUGUAAAUUUUGGAUUAUAUCCUUGUGAAAGAUUUCAUACUUUAACUAGUGAAUACUUAAAAAAGUUUAAUUAUA